GUUCCUCCGCUGUGACCUCUAUGACUAUAAAUAAGUUCUUAUUCUCCCUUGAUAUUGAUAACAUAAACAUAGUAAAACUUUGUUUGUAUCUGAAGGAAAGCAAUAUAGUCCACAAGGUGAAAUAUUUCUUCGACUACAUUUCCACUCAGUCUUAUUGUGCCUAGAAUCUAUAUCCAUUGACUAAUGAUAUGCAGGUUAGUGGAUAUGUGUUAGAGUACGUAAUGGGCCUAAUGGGCCCGUUAGUAUUAGGGUUAAUUAGAGAUAAGAGUCGCUUUCUUAGGGGUCAAGUAAGCCUUGCUUGGGAGUCAAGUAAACCUCUCUAUAUAAAGAGAGGAGAUGUAUCAAUCUAAUCAAGCAAGAAUUAAGAAGGAAAUCCUUCCAUCUUGCCCGGCCGUGGGCAAAAGGCCCCCGGCCGGCCUUCUUGCGCCCUCCUUCUAGCAGCGCCAUAACAAUUUGGUAUCAGCUAGCUUCGGUUCGAUCAUGUCUUCACCGCCGCCCAACCCGUCUCUUCCGCUGUCGGUCACGACCGUCGCCCCGCUCCUGCCCGCGCCGGGAUCCUCCGUCGCGCCCGCCCCCGUCGUCCUCACCCCGGAGGUGUCCGGGGCGCUGUGGGACCUAACACAGGCGGUCCAGGAAAUCCACCUGUUCUUGGCCGGGUCCUAUGGGCCGCACCUGGCUGCGCCGCCCAUCACCGCCACCGCGCCGCCGUGGCUGCCGUGGCAGCCGCCGCACCAAGUGGCCCCCGUCGCGCUCGCCGGGCUGCUGCAGCAGCCGCUGCAGCUGCCAUCCAUCGCCCCGUCCUGGCUGUCGUGGCAGCCGCCGCACCAGGCGGCCUUCGCCGCACUCGCCGGGCCACUGCAGCUGCCAUCCAUCGCCACCAUCGCCCAGCCCUGGCUGCACUAGCAGCCGCCACUCCUGCCGGCCUCCGCCGCGCCCGGCGCUCCGCCGCAGCAGCCGCUGCCGCUGCCCGGUGCGCCACCGCCGGUUAGCUCCGGCCCCGCAUCGACCGCGCCGGCGGGAGUCCCGCUCCACCAAGUCCAGUCCCCGCCGUCGCCGUCACCGCUUCCGUCUUGGAUCGCUACCCGCCACGUGUCGGCGGCGGUGAGGCUGCAGGCUACUGCGCGCGGCCUCCUAGCGCGUCGGCGUGUGCGGGAGAUGCGUGGUCUGCAGCUGCCGCUCCUCCAAGUUGCCCUUCGCUGCGCAAAGGACCUCGAUCUCAUCCGCUGCGCCGGGGAUCUUGGGCAUGCGGUUUCCCCCACGGGCAGCGACCUCCAAGUCUGCGACAUUGGCGGUUGGGGGGGCGCACCCCUCCUCGUCAUUCUCCAUCGCAAGCCCCCCACUCUUCCCUGUGCGGUGCAGACCAACAGCCGUCCGGCAGGAAGAAGGCAUGGUGUCACCGACAACAACGCACCACGUAGCACCACUGCAUUCCGUCACCAGGCGCCGCAAGGGCGCCUCUGCUGGUCACUCUUGCGACCACUUCCAGGUGGCCAUACACAUGCACUCCUUUUGUCCAGAUGGUGUCCAUGGGAUCCAGGUGGCUGUACACGUGCACGUCCGACGUGCGGAUGGUAUCCACUUUUUGUUAAGAGGUCUAAAAUAAAUCGUCCCAGUCCAUUUCAGGUUGAGAAUAAUAAAACAAGCCGAGAUGUAAAAGGCUUGUUUUUAGGUGUUAGGUUUGGGUUGCGUCGAGUCAUGGUUAUAAGUUGGUUAGGCUGCAGCUUGAGGACAAGCUGCAUGUCCAGGUGGGGUGUAGUGUUAGAGUACGUAAUGGGCCUAAUGGGCCCGUUAGUCUUAGGGUUAAUUAGAGAUAAGAGUA